CCCUCUUCUCGCCAGGCGUCCUCGUGGGAGUGACUCCGUCUUUAAACCCUGCGUGGCAAUCCCUGACGCACCGCCGUGAUGCCCAGGGAAGACAGGGCGACCUGGAAGUCCAACUACUUCCUGAAGAUCAUCCAACUUCUGGAUGACUACCCGAAAUGCUUCAUUGUGGGAGCAGACAAUGUGGGCUCCAAGCAGAUGCAGCAGAUCCGCAUGUCCCUGCGCGGCAAGGCCGUGGUGCUGAUGGGCAAAAACACCAUGAUGCGGAAGGCCAUCCGCGGGCACCUGGAGAACAACCCUGCCCUGGAGAAAUUGCUGCCUCACAUCCGCGGGAACGUAGGCUUUGUGUUCACCAAGGAGGAUCUCACUGAGAUCAGAGACAUGCUGCUGGCCAAUAAGGUUCCAGCUGCUGCCCGUGCUGGUGCCAUUGCCCCAUGCGAGGUCACCGUGCCAGCCCAGAACACCGGCCUGGGGCCCGAGAAGACCUCCUUCUUCCAGGCUUUGGGCAUCACCACUAAGAUCUCUAGGGGCACCAUUGAAAUCCUGAGUGAUGUGCAGCUGAUUAAGACCGGAGACAAAGUGGGAGCCAGCGAAGCCACUCUGCUGAACAUGCUGAACAUCUCCCCCUUCUCCUUUGGGCUGAUCAUCCAGCAGGUGUUUGACAAUGGCAGCAUCUACAACCCCGAAGUGCUGGACAUCACAGAGCAAGCUCUGCAUUCUCGCUUCCUGGAGGGUGUUCGUAAUGUUGCCAGUGUGUGUCUGCAGAUCGGCUACCCAACUGUGGCUUCUGUGCCUCAUUCUAUCAUCAAUGGGUACAAGCGAGUCCUGGCCUUGUCUGUGGAGACAGAAUACACCUUCCCGCUUGCUGAAAAGGUCAAGGCCUUCUUGGCUGAUCCGUCUGCAUUUGCGGCUGCUGCUCCGGUGGCCGCCGCCGCCACCACUGCUGCUCCUGCUGCCGCGGCUCCGGCCAAAGCUGAAGUAAAGGAGGAGUCGGAAGAGUCGGACGAGGACAUGGGAUUUGGUCUCUUUGACUAAUCACCAGAAAGCAAAAUAAGC